GGAAGUGAUGUCACGGUCCGGCCCCCAAAACAGCAACCAGGGUCUCUGAUGUUAUGAAAACUCCUCGAUGAAAUGUUGAGUAAGUGCCUGCUUCAUCAGCGUUACACAAGACCAUGUGGAGAGGUUAGUAUCAGCUACUCCAAUAGUUGACCAAACAAAACCUCCAGGAAGUAGUCUGGACCGAGAGAAGACACCAGGCGGGUGGCAUGGCCAAGCGGAGAAAGUGUGCAGAGACGGAGGCCGAUACAAAGAAGCCGAAGCAGGUGCUGAACGCAGAAGACAGAGGAGCAAAGACGAGAGGCAGGAAGAAAGCUCCAGAAAAUGAUCCCGCAGAAAAAGAGGAGAAGCUCGAGAGGAAGGUCAACCCCAAACCACGUUGGUCUUCAAAACGUGCAGCGCAGAAUAAAUCCUCUUCAGCCACCAACACCCGCAGUAAAACCAGUAAGUACUUCCAGUCUCCGCCCAAGGAGGAGGUCAACAGUGAAGACGACUUUGAGAUGCCGACUGCUGCGCCACCCGUAGUUAAGAAGAGCACCAAGAAACCAGAGGAGGAAGAAGAAAAAGAGGAGGAGGAAGAGGAUGAUAGUGAGGAUGAGGAUGACUGGGAGGAAGUGGAAGAGCUGGCCGAGCCGCUGGGUCCGGCUGAAACACCAGAACCCGUCCUGCCGUCUCAGCCUGUAGAGAUCGAGAUCGAGACCGCAGAAGUCAGAAAGCAGAAGAAGAGGCAGGCGGAGUUUGAGACGUGCCUCAGGCGAAUGAUGAAGCGGUUCAAGAAGGACCUCCUGAUAGACACACACAAGGUCCACCUCCUGUGCCUUCUAGCUAACGGGAUGUUCCGCAACAGGCUGUGCAGCGAACCGGACCUGCUGGCUGUCGCUCUGUCUCUGCUGCCCCCGCACUUCUGCACUGUGGCGAGGGAGCGCAUUGACCAGAAAUACCUCUCUGGACUCCUCAAGUGGUUUAGAGCGACCUUCACCCUUGACCCCAGUCUUCCCACUGAGGAGCGUCCGGACCCUCAGGCUCUCCUGGAGAGGCGACUGGGAAGCCUCUCAGCCAGAGACCACCAGGAAAUGACUCAUCUUUUCCUGUUAUUCCUGAGGUCUCUGCAGCUCUUCUGCCGACUGGUUCUCUCUCUGCACCCAGUUCCUUUCAAGCCUCCAUCCUCGAAGUCCAAAGGGCCUAGAACAUCAACUGGCGCCCCAGAACGUUGCCAGACGAGCCAGGAAAGCUCCAAGAGCAACUCUCCUGAGACAAAAGUUUCUCCAGGCACCAAGAGACCAGCUCAAGGUGAGAAAGUCAAAGGGAGCAGCGGAGGCAAGAAAGCAAAGAGGAAAAAAAUGAAGGAGGAGGAAGAGGAGAAGCCCGUGUUAUCUGCAGGCCAGAGACCAAAAAACUCCAAACGCCGCAGCGUCGCCUCAAAGGUCAGCUACAAAGAGGAGAGCAACAGUGAGGAAGAAGAAGAGGAAGCUAGUGACGCCGAGGAAUAUCAGGAAUCCAGCGAGGACGAUUUUGAAACCUGCACCAAACGUGCGAGAAAGAAGAUGAGGAACGCAAAGAGCUCUGAGAAGACCUCAAGAACCCAAGGCACUCGAAAGAGAAGAAGAACCGGCGAGAAAAACGAGGACGGUGAGUGGGAGGAGUGUAAAGAGGAGGAUGAUGAAGACGAAGGCGCGACGAGCAACAGAGCGAAGAGACGGAGCGGGCAGAGGAAAGACGGACCUGGAGCGGACGAGUGGUUGGAGGUCUACCUGGAUAAAUCGUCUUCGUGGGUGUGCGUGGACGUGGAGCACGGAGUCGAAGUUCCCCACCUCUGCUCGCAGAACGCCACCGCGCCGCUGACCUACGUGGUGGCGGUGGACGGAGACGGCUUCCUGAAGGACCUGGGCAGGAAGUAUGACCCUACCUGGAUGACGGCGUCCCGGAAGAGGCGGGUGGAUGACGAGUGGUGGGAGGACACCCUGGAGCCGUUCAUGGGCCCAGAGGACGAGCGGGACAAAAAGGAGGAGAAGGAGCUCCAGAGCAAGCUGCUGAACAAACCUAUGCCGACCUCCAUAGCGGAGUAUAAGAACCAUCCUCUGUACGCCUUAAAGAGACAUCUGCUGAAGUACGAGGCCCUCUAUCCUCCCACAGCCGCUGUGCUCGGAUACUGCAGAGGAGAACCGGUGUACUCCAGAGAUUGUGUGCACACCCUCCACUCCAGAGAAACCUGGCUGAAGGAAGCUAGAACCGUCCGACUUGGAGAGGAGCCGUACAAGAUGGUGAAAGGCUUCUCCAACCGUUCCAGAAAGGCCAGGAUGAUGUCCGAGAUGAAGGACGAGAAUGACCUUCCUCUGUUUGGAGAAUGGCAGACUGAAGAAUACCAGCCGCCAAUAGCUGUGGAUGGGAAGGUCCCCCGUAAUGAUUACGGUAACGUCUACCUGUUUAAAGCCUGUAUGAUCCCGGUGGGCUGCGUUCACCUGAGGCUGCCCAACCUGCACCGCGUGGCUAAGAAGCUGGACCUGGAUGCUGCGCCCGCGGUCACAGGAUUCGACUACCACGGAGGAUACUCACACGCUGUGACUGAUGGUUACAUCGUGUGUGAAGAGGAUGAGGAGGUCCUCCGAGCUGCCUGGGUGGUGGAGCAGGAGAUUCAGAAACGGAAAGAAAAAGAGAAAAAAGAGAAGAGAGCGAUCGCCAGCUGGACCCUGCUGGUGAAGGGACUCCUGAUCAGAGAGAGGCUGAAGCAGCGCUACAGCCAGAAGAGCCAGAGCCUGGGGAGCAUCGCUCCCGGAGAGGAAGCCGGAGGUUUCUCCUCCGAUGAGGACGGGGUCGAAGUUGAUCCUCCCGCAGCCAAAACGGCAUCUGAGACUCUGGCGCUGUCCUGGCCCCAAAACAGACAAGCAGAGGAGGAUGCAGGUCCAGGCAAACAGAAGAAGAAGAAGACGACGACAAAGCGAGAGAAGAAGGGUCAAGAGAAACAUUUAUUUCCUUUUGAGAAAGUUUAAAGCUAGAAACCAAACAUCAAUGGUUUUCCUUUGGGGGAAAAAAAAAAAAAAAAAAAAGUGAAUCAACAAAGCACUAAACUGAACACUUCCAUCAUUUUCUUGCUUUGGUAGCAGGAUGUAAUGCUUCUCAGGAGCUGAUGCCACAAAUUUUAGCAAGACUGAACAAAAAGAUUAGGCGAAGAAAGGAGAGGAAUGCUUCUUCCAGCUGUGAUGCUUUUUUGUAUUUGCUUGUUCACUUUGCAAUAGUCUUACAUUUGGAGCCAGCAGGAAUCCUCUUGUUAACAACCUUUCUGUAGAGAAAACAAACACAGUAUGAAUGUU